CACAAGGCGUGGAAUAGUGUCUCCUACCAAAACUAUUUCACUGGAGAGAGGAGAUACUGAGAGCAUCAUCGAUGGCCCAGCUACAUGGGGAGCUGACACAUUGGUUUGUACAGCAGAGCUGUGAGACUGAUUGACCCCUUCAAUACUUCUCCAUCAGGUGCUACAAUAAGACAGCCAUGCCACCUCCAGCUGACAUUGUGAAGGUGGCUAUUGAAUGGCCUGGUGCUAACGCUCAGCUGAUAGAAAUGGACCAGAAAAGACCUUUGUCCUCAAUAAUACGUGAAGUAUGUGAUGGCUGGUCUUUGUCUGGCUCAGAGCAGUUUGCCUUGCGUUAUGCUGAUGGGCCUCAGCUUUACAUCACUGAGCAGACACGUGGGGAAAUCAAGAAUGGGACUAUUCUUCGUCUAGCAAUUUCUCCUGGUCGUGCUGCUCGUCAGCUCCUGGAGAGAAUCCAGUCACAUGGCAUCGAUGCUCGUCUGGAGGCUCUAAAAGAGCUGGCCAAGCUGUCUGCGGACCCAACCUUUGCCACAGAGUUCAUCAAUAUGGAGGGAAUUGGAACAUUGGCUCGUCUUGUUGAAAGUGGCACACACUUUGGAGAAAUGCUGGCCUUUACUCUCACUGCCUUUCUGGAGCUGAUGGAUCACGGCAUUGUGUCCUGGGACCUUAUCUCCCUCUCCUUCAUCAAACAGAUUGCGGGCUAUGUGAACCAGCCCAUGGUGGACGUGUCCAUCCUGCAGCGCUCUCUGGCCAUCCUUGAGAGCAUGGUGCUCAACAGCCACAGCCUGUACCAUCGAGUGGCACAGGAAAUCACCGUGGGACAGCUCAUCGGGCACCUGCAAGUGUCAAACCAGGAAAUUCAGACCUAUGCCAUUGCCCUCAUCAAUGCGUUGUUCUUGAAGGCACCAGAGGACAGACGGCAGGAGGAGUAUACUAACCCACUGGAGCAGCACCUCACUGAAAUGGCGAGCACUCUGGCCCAGAAACACCUGCGAUCCAUCAUCCUUAACCAUGUUAUUAGGGGAAACCGACCAAUCAAAGCAGAGAUGGCACAUCAGCUAUAUGUGCUGCAGGUGUUGACCUUUAACCUUUUGGAAGAACGAAUGAUGACCAAGAUGGACCCCAAUGACCAGGCUCAGAGAGACAUCAUAUUUGAGCUGCGAAGGAUCGCCUUCGAUGGAGAAAAUGACCCGACUGGUACAGAAAAGAGGAAGGCCAUGUACACCAAGGAUUACAAGAUGUUGGGUUUUACUAACCAUGUUAACCCAGCCAUGGACUUUACUCAGACUCCUCCAGGGAUGUUGGCACUGGAUAACAUGUUAUACCUCGCCAAGGUUCACCAGGACACGUACAUCAGGAUUGUCCUGGAGAACAGCAGCCGUGAGGACAAGCAUGAAUGUCCUUUUGGCAGGUGUGCCAUCGAACUCACUCGAAUGCUGUGUGAAAUACUCCAGGUUGGAGAAUUACCUAAUGAGGGCUGCAAUGACUACCACCCUAUGUUCUUCACACAUGAUCGAGCCUGGGAGGAGUUCUUCUGUGUCUGCAUCCAGUUACUUAAUAAAACCUGGAAGGAGAUGAGAGCAACAGCAGAGGACUUCAACAAGGUGAUGCAGGUUGUCCGUGAGCAGAUCACCCGGGCUUUGGCAAUGAAACCGUCAUCUUUAGACCAGCUGAAGAACAAACUUCGAGGCCUCAACUAUUCAGAGAUUCUGCGUUUACGUCAGUCAGAACGGAUGAGUCAGGAUGACUUCCAAUCUCCCCCAAUCAUUGAGCUUCGGGAGAGGAUUCAGCCUGAGAUCCUGGAGCUCAUCAAGCAGCAACGCCUCAACAGGCUGUGUGAGGGGAGCUGUUUCCGUAAACUGGGGAACCGCCGAAGGCAAGAGAAGUUUUGGUUCUGCCGGCUCUCCCUCAAUCACAAAGUGCUGCACUAUGGGGACUUGGAUGAGUCACCUCAGGGUGAAGUGCCUUUUGAGCUUCUCAGUGACAAGAUCCCCGUCUCGGAUAUCAAGUCUGUGGUGACCGGGAAGGAUUGUCCUCAUAUGAAAGAGAAAAGUGCUCUGAAACAAAACAAGGAGGUGCUGGAGUUGGCCUUCUCUGUCCUUUAUGAUCCUGAUGAGACACUCAAUUUUGUUGCUCCCAACAAAUACGAGUAUUGCAUCUGGACUGAUGGACUGUGUGCGCUGCUGGGCAGAGAGAUGGGCAGUGACCUGACGCGCAGCGACCUAGAUACUCUCAUCAGCAUGGAGAUGAAACUCCGCCUUCUCGACCUUGAGAACAUCACCAUCCCAGAAGCCCCGCCCCCUGUACCUAAGGAGCCCAGCUCGUACAAUUUCACUUACAACUACAGCUGAGAUGUGUGUAUGUGUGAGUUUGUAAUGCAUGUGUGUGUUUGUCGAGGAUGAGUAAUGCUCAGACGUUUGAUGAAUUUUGCUGUAAAUGUGGGCAAGGCUAUUAAGAUUUUUUUUUCUUCUUUUACUUUUCAGAACUUUAGAGACUUCUCUCUUUCCAACUUUGUUUAUUGCUUCACAGAGGUCAGAGGUUAUUACCAAACGUUGCUCCUGCAGCUGGUAUGACUCAGUAAAUCUAAUUUAUUGGAACAGCCAAGAAAUCUGCAAAUUAGUCUUUACAUUAAAACACUUUAGUCAAAUUAUGAAUUGAUGGAUCAUUUAAGGUCUGCAUGUGGUCUCCAUGGUAACAGAGAAUGAAGCACUAUCAUUUCAGCUUUAACAUUGUGUUCACAUGGACACUGUAUCUCUCCUCAUGAUGAACAUUCAGUGAAAUAUUCAGAGAGGGCUUUGUAAAGUCAGUUUACAGAAUUGGCCUGUUUUUAAUGUAAGUCCUUGGUCCAUUGGUUUAGUUUUGCUCUAUCAUGUGAAUCAUACUGAAGUGCAAGGCUACAACUAGUACUAGGCUUUGUGAUCUGUGAUAUAACUCCUAAUUUUGAUUGCUUGAUGAUGAGAUGUCAGAACAAAGUCAAGUGAGAGCAUGAGAUUCAAUAAAAGUAUCAUGGGAUUUUUUGGCAUUUUUUUCCCAUCUAUUUUUGCCAGUUUUCUGUGGUUGAGUAAUAGAUUGAUCAGUCAGUCAUUCCAGUGCUGCAGAAGUGUGUAUAUCCAUCAAGCCUUCUCUUUAUUCAAACUUCAUGCCUCUUCAGAUUGUUUGGCUUAAUUCUCUGCCUUUUACUUCUUUUCAUAGUCUGUUACACAGUGUGAGUAAAUAUAUCCACGGGAUAGAGGAAAUUUUGCACGUAAGUGAAGUGUGAAAAUUGGUAAAGAUGUCCUUGCCUACCAUAUGUGUCUUUGAAUGUGUGCUUGUGUGGGUGUGGGGGAGCUAUCUUUGAAUGCAACAUAAUCUCAUUGUUUCAGAAGCAUGCUGCUCACGGAAGUCGAGGUCGAACACAUUGAACGAAAUGUUAAAAAUGGCAUAGUCACUGCCUUUACUUACCAGACAGACACUCAAUCAUAGUGACAAGUUACAGCUGCUUUUUCUUCACUAAGGCAUUUCGUGGAAACUAAGUGUGAGCAUUUCAUGGCCCCUUUGUGUGAAGCAAUUUGCAGUUUUGGGGCUUAAUUUCUGAUUUGUUAACAUACUGUGCGGAUGAAAGAAAAGAGCAGCUCCAACUGACCUGUUUUAGAUGGCAUAAAUUGAAGCCUGUUAACAGACAGUAGAGUGACACGGCUGUGGGUUUUUUGGAACAUGUAGUGCCACUUGAGCAUACAGUAUGUGUGCUUUGUACAGUGAUAUAAACUACAGUACUAUUGCUUGAUGUCAUUUUCUUAUUUCCACAGUGUUAUAUGCUCUAAAACUUUUUGUGCCACUUUAAUGUCCUGUCAACUUCUAAUUCAGUACUAAUCACUGCUCACAUUUGUUUAUGCAGAAUAGAAUUAUAUUUUUGUAAAUGAUUGUACAAUUUUACCAUCUGUGAGAAAACUGAAACUAACAUUUUCACUUUGCCUGAGUCCGUACACGAUAUUCAGCAAGCUAAUUACUGUGGGAAGAACAUUUUGCAUAAUGUUUUCAGUCUUCACUUUUUUUUUAAUGUUGCCACUAAGCACUUAUUAUCUGCUUAGGUUUAGGAAUGACACUUGUUCCAGCACCUAUCGAUGAUGUCAGUGUUAAUGUAUCUUAUACUGCUGAUGGAACUGUUUGAAACACUGUUUGUGAAAAGGAUUAUAUUUGACACGUGUUUUUUUUUUUUCUAAUGAUCUUCUGUUUUGGUUGUUUUAACUGCGUAUUAAAUCGUUUUAUAAUCCAAUGAGUCAUUAAACCCUAAAGCUGCAGCUAAAAUACAGUAUAUCACUGAUUAAGGAUUGUUGUAUUGGAUGUACUAACAGGUAUGACUUGAAGUUUUAGCAUCUGGUACUCUUUUACAUGACUUGCUAAAGUAUUUAUUUACACCUGCUAGUGAUGGUAAAGAAUGACAUGUUGUUAGUUGAGAAGUAACAACAUUAAAUUUAAAUAUGGUAUUCAUAUAGACCAUUGUAUGUAUAUACAGUAUUGUGUUGCCUUAUUGAAGAAAAUGUAUUAUGUUUUGUGUGAAUAAAAAGUCUAACUACA